AUGGUGCCUCAAAUCUAUGACCUUGUAAACACCUAUAGACCUGAGUAUAUUUGGUCUGAUGGAGAAUGGGAGGCACCUGAUACCUACUGGAAGAGUAAAGAAUUCUUGGCCUGGUUAUACAAUGACAGGUAUGGCGUAUGCACUGUACCACUCAUAUUUCUUUGAAUAACCACCUAUGGCCUUGGUAAUACUUUCCUCCCCUUUACCUUACCUUCUUAAGGAAAGCCUCUAAUAAUAAUAAUUUGAGUUGAGUGCCUGUAAAAACUAGAUGGAGCUGCGAUAUGUAAGUGCUUUUUUCCACUAUAGACAAAACUUUUACCUUUUAACCUUUUAAAGGUAUACCCUCAAUAGACCUUUUCUACUUGUAUGUUUUAUUUUCCCACUUCAGACCAGGGAAAUUGCUUUUUGUCUUUUGAUGAAUUGUGCGUACAUAUCUUUAUGUAUAUACACUGUAUAUCGAUAGGAUAGCAUUUUGAGAGAAACUUUUCCCCACCCCACCCUCAUCGCCCCCAAUUUCCCCAAAAAAAAAAAAGAAACUACAUUUUCUAAUGGUCCUUCCCUUACCAUUUAUAUCGUAAAGCUGAAAUUUGAGUUGGAAAAUCAAAUGGUUUGCAGCAUUCUGUUUUGGAAGCUUCAGAAAAUAUGGGGCAGAGGGGCCCCAAAUGCUGUAUUAGCUAUAAAGUUCAAAAUUAUGGGCACUGUUGCAUAAAGAUUCCUGAAAAAAUACAGGGAAUCAAUCUUACAAAUAAAGUCGGCAAUAUAGCCAAAUUUACAUGUUUGUUUGUUUGCUUGUUUUUUUUCUCACACAGCCCUGUGAAAGAUACAGUUGUGGUGAAUGACCGUUGGGGCGUUGGCUGCAGGUGUCGCCAUGGUGGCGCAUAUACCUGUGCUGAUCGGUACAACCCAGGUAUUACUAUCCUUCUGCUUUGCACAUUACUGCAGUUACGUGUACAUUACAUGUAUUUCCUUCAAAUCACAUUGUGAACAUUUAAGACCUGUCCAUAAGUAUCCUGGUUUUUAUUAAAAAAAAAAAAAAGAUUUAUAGUUUUUCUCUAUAAUUUCAGUUCCAAAACAUUAUUUUGCCAGGGUUCGCACAGUCUUAAAGAGUCCUGGAAGUUUUGGGGAAUUUUAAAUCUUGAAUUCCAUUUUCCCUUGAAAAGUCUUAAAAUUUCUGUGCAAGUCCUUGAAAAGUCCUUUUGAAUGCUCGCCAACUUUGGAUUGUAGUGUCCUGAAAAGUGUUUUUUAAUACUUUUUGGUUGUGUAGUAGGGGUCUAACGGAUUUCGAUCAUUGCCUUUCAAUUUGAUUCUGUGAAUGUUUCUUAAUUCUUACAACAUUUAGCGGAGCUGCGCGUGGGCGGAGCCCCAUAGCUAAGGAAAUGUCGUAAUCUACCCAUCCGAGAAAAUUUGGUAAUCACGUGACCGUACACCGACCGUCCGUCCGCACCACAGGAAAACCAAUGUUUACUCUCACACUCACUCUAGCUAGUUUGGGAGCCCAAGAGAAAACUAACUGCACAUCAAUGUUGUCAUCAAUUGACAGCUGUCAAAACAGGGUAUCCGCUGACCAGUAUCACCUGACCGUACCGCAGGCACAGUUGUCGACCCAUCGAGGUCGAGUAUUUUUAUACUUUAACCCAGUGUGUCAAUGAUCGUAGGCUCAAGUUUAUUUUUUCCAAUGAUUCAUUUCAAGUAUGUUGUGUUUAUGUCACUAUGGCCCCACACUAUUAGGAUUUUGAGUUCAAAGUGACCUCGGACGCGAAAAUUCAGGCAGUUUUUUCAAAAUACAGGCGGGGAACACCUUUUCUUACCAUGGUCACGCGUUGGUCACGCUCUAUGUCCAGUUUUUAUGCUCUGAUUGGUCAAAAUUUGACAGGUGAGUUCAUGCGGAAAAUUUAUGCAGCAUCUUGAAAGUUGUUUACCUUGACAGCUGAAGCUGACAGAGUUUUGUGUCAACUUCUGAUGUUUUGAUGUACAAAAUGAAAUACAGCUGCUAUCAAGAGUCUUCUGUUAUUCAUGGCUGGUUUGUUUACUAGGUUUUUGGUUGAGAAAUGCGUCGCUUGUCAAAAUUCGGUAAUUCGAUUUCGGAUGGCAUCGUUUUCGUUUUUCACCUUGCUUAAUGCGUAAGGGUGUUUAAAAGUCUCAAGCAACUGUGGCCUUCCUUGAUAGCUUUCAGAAACUGAAUCUUGAAUGGUAAGCCUGAGUAAUUAUUGUAUUUGAUGUUUGUUUUUGUUAUAUCUAAUUUCAUGAAGCACAGUCAAUGCGGCAAGUUUAUGCACGAUUGUAGGAUUUCAGUCAAUGAUCUGACCCAGUAUCAAGUUUGAUAUAAGCUUACAGAACUUUAAAAAGCCUUCAGAUAUAUUUUCUCACCGCACAUAGCGAGAAAAGGUUCCGAAGAAUAUUUAGUUAUAAAUUUGGUUGUAGAAAGAAAACUUUGUGCGAUUUUCUUGCUUCGAGGAGUUCAUCUUUGAAAACAGUAAACACCGCACUGAGAAGCCGGCUUAAAACAUGACUUAAGCUUUACGCUUUAAGACUCGGGAUUUUUAGAGACACUUUAAUACUUGUCUUCGUGAAUGGAAAUUGUUGUCUCUGUAAAUGUUUCACCGAAUUAUAUUUCUUUUAUUGAUUGUUAGUAGUCUUUCUUGCAAUUUUAAUUGCUUGUCCGUGCCGUUUGUUUUCAUCGUUCAUGAACAUCGCUUGUAGGAGCACUCAAAAAUGUCACGCGUAUGAAACGCUUUAUAAGAUUACACAUCGUUAUAACUGAAACCAAUAAAUAAAAGAAAAUAAUAAUAAUAAAUUCGUCAUUAUGUUGAAGCGUAACUCUAUUAAAGUUCAUUCAAACACUCGACCACACUGACAGCUCGCACUAUAGAAAUGAGAACCGGCUAGCCGUAUGGGUGAUUUUGGAAAUUUUUUGAACGCUUUCACUUAAAGCCAACGAUUGCUCGUCCUAAAUAUUACUGAGUGCAAUUUGUCUUGAAAAAUUGUGAAAUACCGCAUUCUGUCCGAGGUCUGUAUGAUAAAUAGUACUGUUUCACCUCAGACGUGAUGUAUAAAAAUUAUAAAAGGUUGGUUUACACACCCCCAGAUUUGUUGGCAAGAAUUUAUAAAGUAAAGCUGUCGAACGCAAGAAAAUACGGCGCGGUUUGUUUUCCAAGAAUUUGUUUUCGAGGCCUAAUCUACUGUGAUGUUGAAUGCGAUCGAUGAUGUUUGCUAUUUUUUGCCUGGCUAAAUCUAUAUAUCACGUAAUGUAAACAACAUGCCACCCUAACCCCUCAAUUUGAGAAUAGUAAGAGGACAGGAGGAUUCACAGUCGCUUGGUCGUUCGUCGCCAUGUUUGAGAAACUGACAAAGCGCAACAUGGUUUGCCUUAUUUAAAAAUUCUCAAGAGGUGGUUGAAGGACAGCAUUUUUACCACGCAACACAAAAUGGCGCAUGAACUGUAAUCGUCUUUGCUCGUCAGUCAAAAACGCACAUUUUAAAGAGCUCUGGAUUCUGAUUUUACAAUAUAAUAACUCACUGAGGGCACCCUGAAUAAGGUAUGCAAAAAUCGAAUCGUGGAAGCAAAGAAUCGUGAACCGAACCGGUCAUAAUCGCGAUUAAUCUAGAAUUUGAUCUGUUUGAUUAAUAAUGGUAAUUGAACUGAGUGGAGUGCAGUUUGGUCUGAAAUCAUACGCGUGAUUUCAAAAUCGAACGAGCGCGCAGCGCGAGUUCAAUUUGAAAUCGCAAGUAUGAUUUCAGACCAAAAUUGCACGACACGAAGUUCAAUUACCACUUUAUUACUUCCAUUUUGAAAUCGCAGAAUUUAGUCAGUACUAAUAUUUUGUUGAUCAAGUAGCCGGUUUGUUAAAAAGCCGAAACAAAAAGGCUUUUACAUCUCCUUUUGUAUUCCAAACAGAAAUGAUGCGAUAUAGAACAAAAAUGGUGCUAUUUAAAACAUAAAUGAUGCGAUUUAGAACAUAAAUGACGCGAUUUGGAACAGAUGCGAUUUAGAGCAAAAAAUGGUGCGAUUUAGGAAUAAAUCACACCGCUGAGAGCCAAUCAGAUUGCACGGAUAGCCAGUGAUUUCAAAGUGGAUGUAAUAAAUCGUUACAUCACUGUUGUCCAAGACAGAAUAUGAAUCAUAGCUCAGAGAUGUAAAAGGUGAUUUACAUCGAGCGUUUUAUGUUGUAUGCAAGAAGUAUCUACAGCUGUAUCAACUUGAGACAAGUGUACUGAAAAAUGUAGAGAAGUUGGUGGAGCAAACAUUUCAAGCCUUAAAGUCCUGUUAGAACGGUUUGGGAAUGUGCGUUUUUGUGCAGUCCGGGAAAAUACAUUCCUGGUACUUGUAGGUGGUCCUUGAAAAGUCCUUAAAAAUGGUUGCAAUUUUUUGUAUGAAUCUGUAUGCUAUCAGUGACCUGUUUCCAUUCUGUGCUUUUCAGUGUUUCUUUCAUUAGGUGUCUUGCAGAAACACAAAUGGGAAAAUGCUAUGACAGUUGAUAAGAAAUCAUGGGGCUAUCGCAGAAACACGGUAUUGUCAGAUUUCCUCACCAUGGAUGACUUGACCUCUAUUCUGGCUUCAGCUGUAAGGUGAGAUAAAAUUCCCUGUAUGCCCGCUUUUCCCCUUCCUGCCUUUAUGGUUUGAUAGAAUCUGUUGCCAUACUUCAGUAAAAAUGCGUAGAAGGUACGCAUGUUAUGCAGUUGUAAAAAGAAAGCCUGAAAAAUCUGAGGCGAAUGUAACUGUAGUCCCACCUCUGCACUGCCAAAUUUCUGUUCCAUCAGUCUUGUAAUUGCUAUUUUGUUUUCCCCUUUUUUGUAAUAUUUGUGGUGGAAAAAUGGACGGCGAAUUGACUCAGUUUGGGGCGAAAGGGCCCUAGUUGGAGGAGAAUAAUAACUGUAGUCCCACCUCUUCAUUUGUAUCAUGUUUUUUGCAAUCGAUCUUGCAAUUGCCAUUUCAGUAUUUUCCCUUUAAUUGUGAUAUUUGUGGUGGUAACAUUGGUGGCGAAUUGAAACACUUUACAGCAAACGAUCCGAAUUAGGGGCGAAUGUAUCUGUAGUUCCACCUCUGCUGUGCCAAUAGACGUUUUUAGUUGGAAGUUUUGUUUUCACAUUUCAGACCACGUGAUGGUACCCCACAGAACUGUUUUUUUCAAAUGUCGUCUUAUGCACGUGUAUCCUCGUGCCUAUGUUUGCAUAAUUAAUAAAAAGACAAAAGCAAUUCCCUGGAGAACAUCACGUGGUCUAAACUAGGAAAACAAAACAUACAAGGUAAAAAGGUGUAUUGUCUAGUGCACUAUCAGUCUUGAAAGGGAACCUCCACUCUUACUACAGAAUAAGUUUAAAUCGAAUAAAAUUAUGUUGAUAAACAAAUUUGUUCGAAAUUUGUCUUAAAAAAAGUGUUUAUAUCAGGAAAAGUGAAUUUUAAAAUCGCUUAUUUUCACUUUCAAAUUUCGCGGGCGCCGCCAUCUUGAAUAAUUGUGACGUGUUACGGUUGCUCUAUUGUUCUGACACAAAGAGCUUUUGUUUAAUAACAAUAGGGCAACCAUUACACGUCACAAUUAUUCAAGAUGGCGACGCCCGCAAAAUUUGAAAACAAAAAUAGGCGAAUCUAAAAGUUAUUUCUUUCGGAUACGAACGCUUUCUUUAAAAAUAUUUUAGAUUGACUUGACUGUAACAGUUAUUUCCUGUGAUUUAAAGUUAUCUUUUUGUUGAAGUGGAGGUUCCCUUGAAUGUGCUAUUGAUUUCACCCUUUUUUGUAAUAGCUGUGGUGGAAAUUUGCUGAUGGACAUUGGACCGACAUCAGACGGUAGGAUCGACCCUAUUUUCCAAGAUCGUCUGGAACAGAUGGGAGAUUGGCUUAAAGUUAACGGCGAGGCCAUAUACGGAACCAAACCCUGGCACACACAGAAUGAUACCUUAACUCCUCAUAUAUGGUAAGCAGUUAUAUCACAGGUAACCCAGGCUCACUAUUUGUAUCACGUACGGGUUUCAUUUAACACGAGUAAAUAUAAAGAGCAUAUGGGGCGAAGUUUAGGUCUGGAAAUUUGCUAGAAAAUGGAAAUAAAAAUCGAUGAAACUUGCCAAAUUUCCAGACCUAAACUUCGCCCCAUAUGUUCUCUAUAUUUACUCAUGUUAUAUGAAACCCGUACGUGUUACAUAUAGUGAGCCUGGGUUACCUGUGGUUAUGUGGGAGAUGUAGUAUAGCUAUUUGCCUUUUCAUAAGACGUUCCUUAGAGGAGCUCUGUCACGAAAUAUAUCAAAAUUUAAACAGUGGGGCCUGCGUUUAAGUUGAGUGAAACAAAAAUAACCGUUCAAAACGUUAAAAGACAUUGACAUCAAUUCAGGGAAACUGAGGUGGUAGAAAUUUCAUUACUGUCUGCGAAUUCACGGCUCAUUACGCAUGCAAGAAUGCAGAGAUGAAUCUGAAAAGGAUUCAACUUUCGAAUAAUAAUGCAGUUUAAUAGAUUUAGGUCUGCUCAGGUCUGCAAAUAUACACCAGAUUGCGGAUGUUGUCCGUCGAGUUGUCUUCUUGCUGGUCUUGCGAUGUUUUUAGACAAUGUUUGGCCGUGAAACGAGUAAAAUGUUCCGCGACAGUUCCGCCAGUCUGUUCUAACUACCAAAACAACUCAACCUUGUCCCCAGGUUUUCUCGGUCAACGGUUGAAUAACCUGUAACCAGGCUGCACUUUUGACGUCAUUUUGACGUCAUCGGUUCAAUAUGACAAAAUUAUUUCCAAAUUUGGUCAACAGCAACUGGUUAUGGUGAAUUAUGCGUGUGAUUUUAACCAAUCAGAAACGGGGAAAUAUUUUGACUGAAUAUUAAAUCACUAAUGGAAUCUUAAACUUACUUUUGGGGGGUACAUAUGCACGCUUGACCUGCCUUGACUAUAACUGGCUAUCAGGGACUCGCUAACGCGUGUAACUGAAACCGUGUUUUCGCAGGUAUACCAGCAAACCAGGUGUUACCUACGCCAUUACUCUGGAGUGGCCUACAACAGGCACGCUGAGUCUUAGUGUACCCAUUACAACAGCGACUACCACUGUGAAUCUGCUUGGCUUGCCUGAUGUGAAAAUCCCUUGGAAGGCUUUAACAAGUCAUAGUGGAAUUAUGAUUUCUGUACCGUCCCUAACUGUCUCUGAAAUGCCCUGCAAAUGGGCUUGGGUUUUUAAAAUGAGCAAUGUUGAGUGAUGGCUAUUUGCGUUAUUUUUCUCAAUUGUUUCUUUCUAAUUUUGUAAAUUCUAAAAACAUCUGGGCCCUGUUGUUCGAAGGUAGAUUAGAGCCAAGCCGGGUUUCUUUUUCUUUUGCUCUAAAGCAGUUUCUCCGAUAAUUUUGAGCAUUUUGAGAAUUCUCUGAACAAAUUGUUCAUAAAGGAAAUUAAACUAAAUUUGGCAUUUUAACUUUCAUAUGCGAAUUCAAAUUUCAGGCAAACCCUGGGUUAUCUUAACCCAGCUUUGAACAACCCGGCUCUGAAGUUUAUUUUUUUAUAUUCCGAACAGUGUCACUGUGGGUGCUGGAGACUUUUCAUGCGUGGUUUCCUGUUUUGCACAGUAAUUUUCAAGGAGUUAUAAUAACUCCUCUAGUGAGGCUAGUUUAACUCCUUACAGUGGAGUUAUUUUGGGGGGAGUUAUUUUAACUCCAAAAAGGAGUUUAAAGAACUCUUUUUCAGGAGUAAAAGUGAUCUCAGAUAUUGAGGAGUUAAAAUAACCCCCAAAAAGGAGUUAUCCUGUACUUAAAAUUUUUACUCCACUUUCAGAGUUAAAUUAGCUCUAAAAAGAGUAAAAACAACCCAUGUAAGGAGUAAAAAUAACCUCAUUUCGGAGUUAUUUUAACUCCAGACUGGGCGUAGAAAGAACUCUUUUUCAGGAGUAAAAAUGACCUCAAAUUCGGAGUUGAAUUAGGAGUUAAAGUAACCCCCAAAAAGGGGUUAUCCUGUACCUAAAAUUUUUACUCCAUUUUUGGAGUUAUAAUAACUCCAUAAAAAUUACGGUGUGGUUAAGUCUUUAUACUGACCCGCGUGAAAAGUCUUCUUCUUGCGGCCUCGCUGCUUGUGGAUUCGGCAUGCGACUGAUCCUGAAGCAUCUCCGCCGCACUCAAUCGCCGCACGCGAGAAAAAAAUCCUCUGGUAUACUGGCUAGAGUGGUUUAGAAACUCACCUUUUCUAUAAUUUUUUUUGUAGUUUUGAUAUCCUAUCGGAUUAGUAGCUAUAAUCAAAGCUCGCCCCUAAGCGACUAGCUCUAAUUACGUCCACGAUUGUGAAACCACGUUUGAAACAUGAUGAAAAGCUCUUAUAAGCGACCGUCCCGGUUAACGACGGUCACCACCUAUGGUAAUUGCCGAACAGUCUAUGCCAUUUUUUAUCAGGCUGCUUUAAGCGGCCACUCAUUCAUUCUUAUUCAUAAAAAGGAUUAAGUGUUGUAUUUUGGCUAGCCUGCGUAGCAAGCGUUUCCAAUCGAGUUAUUUGCGCGAAACUGAAAGUUGGGGAGCCUGGCAGUUCUAACGACUUUCGUUUUUUCUUUCUUUUUCAAAUUUCGUGUAGUUACUUUGUCUGUGACAAAGGGUUAGCGUAGAGAUUUGCCUGUUAAUGUCUUGUUAUAAACUUGUAGACUCUAAAUAAACAACGGC